AUGGUGCGUCCGCUUGCGCGCAGUGGGCCUGGUGACCGCGGUGGUGGCGACCACAGGUCCCCGCUGAAGGACGGCCCGCGUGACAGCGACCCGAGACUGAAGAGUUGCGUGGUGGUGGGGUCCCUCGUCAUAUUCACGCUGGGCAGUCUCAUGUGCGUCAGCUUCGUGCAGCUCUUCGAGGUGACGGACUUCCAGCUGCUCUACAGCCUCGUCGCCGUGGACGACACCGACGACCCUUUGCCUGCGGACGGGCACUGGUUCGUGUGGGCGGUGAUGAUGCUCGCCGUGUGUACCUCGAUCGCGGGGGGCUUCGGCUACACCGGAAUCCCAUGGGGCGGAGGGCCGUACUUUGCGUGUUCAGCCCCGUGUGCUUCGCCCUGA